UAAGGGCUUCUAUGAGUAAGCUUUCGGUGAACGAUGCUUUAGUCCAUGGAAAACGAAACGGUCUGAAUUGGAAUGGAGGUCAUGCUUGUCCCAGGUUGAUUCAAGCAACCCCUCGUGCAAGCGCCGAAAAUCUGCUACAUCGUGGGCUGCCACAAGCCAAUGGGAUGGCUAGGGGACACUCAAAUGCUAGAAUCCCACUCGAAGGUCUCGAGGAUUUUACUAGAGAAGAUAGUUUUGUUAUUCAAGGGGAGAGUUUAAAUUAUAUGAUCCAUAAGGGACUUGAUUGUCCAAGGGAGCAAAACAAGGGUUUUCUGCAGGAGAUCUGUGCGAGUAAGCCUCAAGAGAGAAGCUCGCAGCUGGAUGGUUGGUCUCAAAUGGCAGCAGCUGGUGGAAAUGCUAAGAAUUCUAAGUUAUAUAGCCAUUUCUCUUUGCCACCGAAGUGUAACUCUUUGGCAGAAGCUCAUGGAUACAUAUACUUAAUAGCAAAAGAUCAACAUGGCUGUCGGUUCUUACAGCGGGUAUUUGAUGAGGGUUCCCAGCUGGAUGUGCAAAUAAUAUUUAAGGAGAUCAUUGAUCAUGUAGUUGAACUUAUGAUGAACCCUUGUGGGAACUAUCUCAUGCAGAAGUUAUUAGAAGUAUGUGAUGAAGAACAGAGAAUGCAGAUUCUAUUAAUGGUUACGGAAGAACCAGGGCAACUUGUCAAAAUAUCUCUGAACACUCAUGGCACUCGUGUAGUUCAAAAGUUGAUCGAGAGUCUCAAAACCAGGCAGCAAAUUUCACUGGUUAUAUCAGCCCUUGAGCCUGGGUUCCUAUCUCUCAUAAAGGACCUUAAUGGAAAUCAUGUUCUGCAGCGUUGCUUGCAAUGUCUUACUAGUGAAGAUAACAAGUUUAUCUUUGUUGACGCUGCAAAGUACUGUGUUGAUAUUGCAACCCAUCAACAUGGCUGUUGCGUCUUGCAACGAUGCAUUAGCCACUCAACUGGGGAAUAUCGAGAAAAGUUGGUUGAAGAAAUAUCCACCAAUGGGCUUCUACUUGCACAGGAUGCAUAUGGAAAUUAUGUUGUUCAGUUUAUCUUGGAGUUAAAAAUCCCAUCUGCCACUUCAACUUUGAUUUCUCAAUUCGAAGGGAACUAUGUGCACCUCUCAUCGCAAAAGUUCAGCAGUCAUGUGGUUGAAAGGUGUCUUGUGGUAUUAAAUGACGAAAGCCGGGCAAGAAUCAUUCGUGAAUUGCUUUCUGCUACUCACUUCGAACGAUUACUACAAGAUCCGCAUGCAAACUAUGUUGUGCAAACUGCUCUCCGUGUGUCCGAGGGACCUAUGCACAACUCACUCGUCGAUGCAAUCGGAUCCAGGAAAGCAAUCUCGCGGAGCAGCCCAUAUUCCAAGAGGAUUUUCUCUCAGAAGCUUAUGAAGAAGUGAUGUAAAUGCCCCUUGUCUCUCUCUGUAAGAAGCAAUGCUUUUUCCUUGUUUUUGUUGUUCUGGUGGAUUUAACCAUAAAAAGGCACGGUGAACAUGUGUUGUCGCCCAUCUUCUCUGAA